CCCCCAAUAAUAAUGUCUCUGAUCCGCCGCCUCAAUCUUGGUCGACGCUUUUGCACCGCCGUGCCAAGAAGAGCAGAGGACAUAAUGUCAAACCCAGAUUGUCGUCCUAAGCAGCUAUGCUUGAGAGUAUGGUACUUGAUCAGAUUCGUUGGGGAUCUCGACACGGCGGCGAAGUAUGCUCGUUUGGCUGUUUACAGCAGAAGGAACUCCGAGUUCACAACAACAACAUGUCAAUUCAUCAUCGAAGGCAUGUUGCGGGAUGAAAGGUGCGAGGAGGCUGCCGAUCUCCACUAUUUCCUCUUCAAUAAGCAUAAGCUCAGACCCAACGUCCAUUGCGCGAACUCCAUCUUCAAAUCCUCUUUAAAAAUACAACGAGGCUUCUUUACCUUCGACCGUGUUUUCAAUUUGCAUAAGGAAGCCGUCAAAUCUGUUAAACUCUACGACUACCCAAGUACCGAUAGUUUCAGGGUAAUGACUAAAGGGUUAGUCCACUCCGGUCGAUUGGACCUAGCCAAAGCCGUGCUUGAAGACAAGACAGUCGAUAGGAUCAUCUACCCAGAUCACGUGGCGUUCAACAAUCUCAUCCGCGGGUUUUUGGGUCUUGGCAAUCUAGACGAGGCGAAUCGACUCUUGCUCGAAUUCAAACGGUUGUUUUAUAAUGCCCUUUCCGUGACCAAAGAUGAUUUGCACCAUUCAAACUUUGAAAACAGAGUGGCGUUUCUGACGGCGACAUUCAUGGAGUACUGGUUUAAGCAAGGUCGAUUUAGCGAGGCUAUGGAGACCUACAAGGAGGCGAGAGCCAAGAACCACUUCCUCAGUGACAAAUAUACAAUUACAAAGUGUUGCGAAAAAGGAGCAGACUCUUUAUUUUUUGAUGUUGAUGGAUACAUCAUCACAAGGUGUUGCGAAAACGGAAUGUUGUCAGAAGCAGAGUCUGUCUUUGUUGAUUCACUUGCUGUUGAUCUCGGAUACAUUGAUACUAUCACUUUUAAAACAAUGAUCGAUGCUUACGUCAAGGCUGGAAGAAUCGAUGAUGCUAUAAAAACCUCCAACAAGAUGAUCGACGCAACUCUAAAGGAAGUCUCCGAUCUCUUUUGACCAUUUUUCGUCACUUGGUGAUCUUUAUUUAGUGUAUUUUUUUAGAUGUACUUGUUUUAGACAGACAAUAAUAGAGUUUGAAUGGUAUGAAUGGAGGUGCUUAGGUUUUAAAAUGAA